ACACACAGCUUCUGUGCACAGCACCUCCAGCAGGGGCGCCUGCAGCCGCAGGGGGCGCCAAUCUGCCAACUCCCCACACAGUGAAACGAUAGAUGAUAGAAAACUGCUUCGCGGAGCAGAGGAUUUUUUUUUUUCAAGUGCUCGUGCCGCGCCCCCCAUGAGCCCGGUUCGCCCGUGGCCAGAACCGCCACUGACAAUAAUUUACCCUAAAACACAACAAACAAGGUAACUUCAAGAACUAUUUAAAUAAAAUAUGCAAUUAGAAUGUAAUUUUUGGGGAUCAGCUAAAUGGGCUGUACAUGCCCCCGUGCCGUAACGCCCUGAAUAGAGGUGCAUUUCAUUUUGAAAUGUGGUUCACAUGACCGCAGUCCUUCUACAAUUGUCACAAACUCACUGCCUAGAAAUCUUCUAGUAAAAACAGUUAAAUAGUUUACACAAAAGUCCUACAGCUGACUCUGCCACCGCUGGACACCAUAUUGUUUUAAUUCUAAAGUAAGUUUCAGAUAUUUGUAUCUGGGGUUACGUUUUUCCAGCAUGUCUGUCUGAUGUUUGCACUUUUAAAUCACUAACAGAUUUCAGACUGUGUCUUCGACGUUCUUUGCGGCAUGUUUCCUUCAUUUAUUCCACAGACUGACGAUAAAUCAUUGCUCCUGGCCACGCACCAGGCCAGUGGGGGAAAAAAGCGAUUGACACAUCGCUUGCCAUAGGCAGCAGUCAACGACUCAUUUUUUCCAAAUACUUCAGUCUGUGAGCGACGCAGCUCUCACAGACUGCUUCGUCGCUUUGGUUAACUCUUACAAGUUUGGAGAUGCUCGGGGGGGCAGUGAGCAGGGUGGUGCUCUGUCUGUCCUGCUCUCUCCUGCUGGGGGUCUCUAUCCCAACAGACGGUGCAGGGGCAGCAGGGCCUUUUUCUGUACCCCCUGAGCAACAGUCUGGGGGACCAGACGUUGAGGAUCAGGAGUGGGGUUCUGGAUCAUCUCUUCUGCACCUUCUCCACAGCUUCCCUGCUGACAGCCCCUUCAUAACCGAGACUCCAGGAAAACCAGUCAACUGCACCCAGCGCUUCUGGUUACCACCAUCCUCUCCGAUCUGCUGGGAAAACAUAGCCGGACCCGAGGAGUUUGCUAGGUCGCGUCUACUCGUCCUGCAGAACAGGGCUGCCCUGCAGGCUGUGUCUACUACCAGCGGCGUGGAGGAGGGAGGGGUCUCGUACCAACUUCAAGCCCGAGGGGAGGUCCAGGGGAUCCACUCAGACCACCUGAAUGUGGUAGAAACUAUGCAGACCAUGGAGAAGGUGUUUGCCUCUCUGAAGGAGACCAGGAAAGAAGGGAAGGAGCAGGGAGUCCUCACGAGCAUGAAGGAGCAUCUUGCCAACACAAGAGACACCAUAGAUGGAAGAGAGCACAUGGCGAACAACUUGGAGAGUCAAUUUUCUAAAAUAAAAAAUACUUUGCUCCACAUGCAGUUACGACUGCAUCAACUCAUCCUGCCGUGACUGUAACACGAAUGGGUUGUCCUAUUUGUAUUAAUAUAUUUAGGUUCCUGUACAGCGAUGUAGCAAUUGCAUGCCUGCUGAGGAUUAUGUUAUUAGUGAAACUUGAUAUACACCAUGUCAUCAAAGCAACGUUAAAGUAACGUGUCAACUUGUAUUAGCUGAGACAAAUAAACCUCAAACUAUGAUUGGCGAUGUAGCAGACAAAGCUGUUAAAUCACAUUUCAUAUUUCCAGUUUACAGAGAGGUUCCACAUGGAGAUUUCAUGGGCAUGGCAGCAACCUCUCAUUAAUCCACAAGACAUGUGUAAAGCUGGGAAUGGAAUAAUUCACUUGUUCACACAUCAUUCAAGAUGAAUCAACUACAUUUCUCUCUGGUUGUAGUGUAAAAUACGUGCAGAGCAGCAUGAAUAUCAGACAGCACAAGCUUUUAUUUUAGUAUCAAAUCUAAACAAUAAUUUGUAAAUGCAUUGGGAUGACUAUGAUGAUACGGUAGUCUGCUGUUAUAUACAAUUUAAAUAUUUACAUCUAUUGGGACGAUUGUACAUUAAGUUUGCAAAGAUGUUGAAUGUUCAUGUACUUAAGGUGGGAAGAAAAGAGGCAUUUGUACUUUUAAUUAAACAACUUUCAAGUAAU